AGGAGGAAGAUAAGAGCCCUUCCACAGAGAAGAGUGGGGGAAACAGUAUGCGUUUCAAUUGAUUAAGAACUGCGCAAUUUCCUAAUAGUCAUCGGCGCUUUGGUCCUGGUGUCCUCCUAACAUAUAUUGAUAUCUAAAGGCGUGUUUGGAUUGAACAUGCGUGUGGCAAACCCGCCCGCGGUGCACGCAUAGCCUAUACCGGCGAUUGUAGCAGCUACGUACGUGGCUUGGCGAUUUUGAAAAGGGUUGUUCAGUUCUUCUGCGAGAGGGCUGUACAUUCAUUUUGGAAGACGAUAUGCAAGAUGAAAGAUUACUGUACAGCUUUGAAACUGUGCAACAACACGAGCCUAAUUGGUAUGCCAUGCCCAUGGCUGAUUCUCUAAACGCUCUCAUCUCUCUCCCAAGCAGCGAUUUCAUAAUGUAUCUGCGUGUACAGUUUCUCCAAGCCGACAUUUUCUAAAUGGAUUAAGGAUUUUUGGCACAUUAUUCACCUAUUACUUAAUUUUGGGAACGGUUUUGGGGGGCUACGUGGCUGAACGAACGUCAUUCGUGUGGAAAGAAUAUGUAUUACGACGUUUUUCUUAAUGUUACAGUGUGCAGCAACGGCACCUCCCAUGAGAAAGCAGCAUGCACAAACAGCGGAACAAGGCUUAACAUGAUGGCACAGCCUUGGUAUGCUGUUGGCAUGGGCCAGCCUGGCAUCACCUGAACAAACAUUAGAGAUGUGAACCAGCAGUUAACAUCAUGGUCAGGGCUGUGCAGCCACAGCAGAGAGCCAAUCAAAAUGGAGUGUGGGAAUGGGGGGCUGUCUGGUCGGAGCACGCAGUUGGCCAGGAGGUGCAGACAGGAAGAGAGAGCGACUGAGAUGUGGUAAUAUGGUGGUCAACUGAAACUCCAACAUCCCUGCCACUGACCAGAUUGAAUACGUGUCAUACAGGGCUGAAGAGAUCCAAGAGAUGAUUGGCUGUAGAAGCUGAGACUCGACCAGACAGAGGAUCUUGAACUAGGUGCUAUUCUGAAAGGCUGUAUUGUAUUGGGCUGAAGACAGGCAGGCAGACAGACGUGUAGAGGGUCGUCCUUAGUGUUGUUGUGUGGCCUUCUCAGUGCUGCAGUGGAGGGCUUCACAGACUCAGCUAGUGUGGCUGGAUGCAUCACGCAGUAGAGCAGUUUGGCGGGCGUGGCACACGGGACUCCUUCCCUCUGGACGGACUCAGCCGGGGACCAUGGGCUCCCGUGGGCGGCCACGCCACCUGGGCGCCACCUGCCAGGUGUCCGCCAGGUGUCAAUCAACACCAGCUCCUACCCCAUCAACCGCCCAGUCACAUGGGUGGACUGAACCAUCCCAGUAAAUUCUUCAAUAGUGGGCCCAUGCAGGUGCGUGGCAGUGAGAAGCUGGAGCUGUCCCAGACCAUGUUACCUGGCCUCCAGAGAACGGACCAGCAACGCCUCCCUCCUCCCCCUCACAGGGCGUGGGAGCAGCUGUACGAGUCGCACCCCCCUCCCCAUCCAUCCGUACCCCUGCCCAGCAACCACGCACCCCAUCUGCCUGGCGGGUAUAGCGCCGGGCCUCCCGCCCACCUGCCCCCCAGGUCCAAUCAGCUACUGAAGUAUGGGGGUCCUCAGGAGCAGCAUGUUCCCAGGGGUCCAACAUCGCUGGGUGAUGAUAUGUGGGCUCAGGUGCAGCAGCAGAGGGGUUACCCAGGGAAGAUGUUGGGAGGGCAGCUGAAGAGACCGGCCCCCCCUCUCGGGGAGCACUCGGUCAUCCGGCACACCCCGCCCGCCUCCCUGCACCCCACCUCUCGCCCCAAUGAGGACUGCCCCAGUCCUAGCAAGAGGAAGAGGGGCUCUGAGCAGGUUCCUCACCCAGGCAUGCAGAGGUUCUCUGGCCCAGGAGGACACCCCCUGCCCCCACAGCAGCAGCCCCCGCCCCACUACCCCCCUCCUCCACCCAAACCUGCCUUCUGGAACCCCAUACACAAGGGGAAUGCCCCCUGGGCCCAUCCCGAACGCAAGAACGGGUCCUCUGAGUUCCAGGAGUCAGCCAAGUCAUGCAUGGGCGGCUACACAUACAAACCUCCUGCCCCCUCGCCCAUCUCCCCACCCCUCAUCUCCUCCCCGGGAGGCUACCCCCAGAGGCACAGCGGGCCCCACCCACCCGGGCCCCACCCACCCCACAAGCCCUCAUUCUCACCUCAGGCCCUCAAUCACCCCCCCCACAGCUCUCACCCGCUGUACCCCAAACAACCAGCCCUGCCCCGCAUGGAGAUGGAGCCCAGGGGAGGUCCUCCUACCCCCCAGAGGGGCCCUACCACUGGGGGCAGAGGAGUCAACAACCAACCCCCCUCUCAUCCUCCUCCUCCUCACCACCACCAACCUCCAGCAAGGGGGGACAGUAGGGAGCCCCCCCAACCUUCACCAGCAAACCACACCGGCGUGCCUUACAGCCACAACCCCCACCCCCACUUCCAGCCCCACCCCGGGCUGGGCCACACUUCCUCCCACCCCCCUGCCAGCAGCACCGCAGUACCUCAGCAGCACAACCCUACCACCCCCCACCACGAGGCCUGGAGGCCCCAGGGACAGGGUCAGGGCAGGCCACAAAGCAACCACCCCCUGGAGUCAGGUCACUACAGGGCAGGGCUGGUACCUCAGGGGCAGCAGAACCAGGUUGGGGAGACCCGAGGUCCCGCGCCUCUCCAACACUAUCAGCACCCCCAAAUCAGCCCCCCUCAGGUUCCUACCAGAACCCCAGUCAUCACCCCCACCUCCACCCCCCAGGCCCAUUGCUCACAGUCACACAACAACCGCUACACCAACAGUAGUAGUAUGACUGGACCUGCACUCUCCACUGUGCCCACAGCGCCACCUGCUGUGUGUUCAGUUAACACCACCAGUAGGAGAGGCAGGGAGACGAUGUCACUGCCCCACCAGUCCUCAGCUGCGUCUCAGCUGGAGAGAGACCCAGAGAGGGGCCCCAUCCACCCCAUGCUGCACCCAGGGUAUCAGGGAGCCCACGCGGGCACUGCCAGCCACCCACAUCGGGCACCACCCAGGCCCCAGCAGCAGCCCCCUAGCCAGCACCACCAACAGUCUGUCCAGGGGAAGUCUUACUACGGACGGCCUGAUCCUGAUGGCACUCCGGCCUCCUCCUCUUCAUCCUCCUCCUCUUCGUCAUUCUCAGGACACCAGAGGGCAGGGGAGAGUGUCAUCACCAGCAGGGGGUCUCACCCCAGCCCCCAGACGGCGGUCACUAGCUCGCCCCUGCACCGCCCCAUGCCCGCCCCCCAACCCCACACUGUCAGCUCUGCCCCUCAGCCAGCCCCCAACCCCCCCUACUCCAGACUCUGUGCCCAGCCUACACCCCAGGCCCCCCAGGCUACCACCACCUCAGCCCAGGGGUGUCCUCGUUCUCGACCCCAGCCACCUCCACCCUCAGCCCCCCAGUCCAUGGAGGAGGCUCUGGAUAAACUGGAUGCUGAGCUGCAGGGUCAUAUGCAGGCUGAGGAGAGAAGGAGGGAGAGAGAGCAGGAAGAGAGGAAGAGGAGGGAGUGGGAGAGAGAGCAGGGGAAGAGGAGAGAGAUGGAGAGAGAGCAGGGGAAGAGGAGAGAGAUGGAGAGAGAGCAGGGGAAGAGGAGAGAGAUGGAGAGAGAGCAGGGGAAGAGGAGAGAGAUGGAGAGAGAGCAGGGGAAGAGGAGAGAGUUGGAGAGAGCGGAAGAGGAGAAGAAGAGAAUAAGGGAAUGGGAAAAAGAGCAGGAGGAAAGGAAAAGGAGGGAUUUGGAGAGAGAGCAAGACAAAGAGGAGAGGAAGAGGAGGACGGAGUGGGCGAAAGAGGAGGAGAGGAGGAAGGAGGAGAUUAAGGGGAGAGAGGAGUCUGCCAUCGAGAGUCUGGAGAGACUCCUGUCCGGCAACACCUCCUCUGCUCCACCUCCUCCUCGGCUGUCCACUGUCUCCACCUCCUCCUUUGUCCCUCCCCCCAGCCAGUCAUCCUCCUCGCCCCCCUACCCCUGGCUGAGCCGGGGCGGGGCUCCCCCUUGUCCCCCAGGCCAGGCACCACCACCUCCGACUCCUCUGGAGAUGUCACGGCCGCCCCCUCUCACCCCCCAGACAGAGUACGCCAGGGAGAAGCAGAGGCAGAGAGAGAUGUGGGGGGAAACCCCCCCCUCGUCAUUACACACUAGUAACGUUACCUCAGGGAACAACGCCCUGCCCUCGUUGGGGCCCUCUUACCCCAACCACCCCUCAAAUAAGACCAUGAUGCAAGGUGCCCCCCGCCCAUCCAAAGACACCCCCCAUCCCAAGGAGAACGCUAGUCAGCAGGCCCGAGGAGGAGCGAUGGACGCUAUGGGUCCCCUCCACACCUCCAGCACUGUCACCCUCCGAGAGCCCCCCAAACUCUUCCAGGCGUUCCCCAGGGAUAGCCUACCGUCCGGGCCCAACACCUCCAGGACCAGCAGUAGCACCUCCAGCACAGGAGGCCUCCUCCACAAGCGCAUGCCCAGUGGAGGCCUAGGUAGCCUGGGUAGCAGCGUCAGCAGCAGCGGAGACUCCGACAGCGCCCAGUUUGAGGAGGAACCCUUGGAGCUCUCUACGUUACUCCCGGACGGUCUGGCCAACAUCAUGGCCAUGCUGGAUGAGUCCAUCAAGAAAGAGGAGGAAUCUCUGUACUGCAGCGACCGAAACGGAGCUAGAGAAAACAUCAUGAAUGCCUUCUCUGCUAUGCCACCAGUCAAGAGCUACCUGUGCGCCCCGGACCUCAUCCCAGCGCCCAAUCAGCAACCGCAGGACAACUUUGUUGGGACGAAUGUCCACGCGAGCCCCCCUGUACUAAGCCGGCAGGGCUCCCUGGCCUCCCCCUGCAGCCGGACCUCCUCCCUCAACGAGGAAGACGAGGAGGGUUGUCUCGCCCUGAAACCUGCUUUGGAGCUCCACAUGCCAGCCAUCCCCCUCAACUCCAACGCCCAGUCAGGGACUAACUACAGCCACAGCGACCUGGCUAAACUCUACGGUCUCCCAGAGCCCGUGAAGAGCGAGUGUGACGACGAAGAUGAGGAAGAGGAGUCGGAGACCCCUUCCAGUUCACCUCCCCCGCCCCAGAGGCCCCACCUCCACCAAACGGGGGUGAGCAGCACCCUGGCCGCUCUGGAGAACCAGAAGUACGCCUACCGAGGAGGUCCAUUUGGCCGCCCGCCCCCCUCUGCUCUUGGGGGACUGAAGUACUCCUCCUCCCUCUCUCUGGGUCCUGACAUCCAACAGCAGCAGAAUAGCACUUCCCCCACCUCGGAUUCCACCAAUCAUCCGGGCUUCACGCCGUCGUCAGCCCCGCCCCUAAAUAUCCGCCCACAUUCCCCCUCCAGCUGGGAGGCAAAGAGACAGGUCAAUAUCAAGAUGGAGGAGCCUGAUAUCUGGAGAGAUGGGAGAGAGGCCAUGGAGAAGAGGAUCCAUUCCUCAAGGGAAGAGUCAAAAUGUUAUCCCUCUACACAACUCAUCAAGAUGGAGCCUAAGGAAGAGAUGACGCUUACAACCAUCUCAGAGUCUUCUCUGGCCGAGCUGGGCCGAAGCUGUGAGGUUCUCCUGACCCGACACUCCAACUCCCUCCCUAGCAAGAACACCUCGGACAGGACCAAGACUGAGCUCAAACAGGAGGACAAGCCUGAGAGAGAGAGGGAACGAGACCGAGAGAAGGAGGAGAGGAAACACGGCAGCAGCAAGAAGCACAGGGAGAGGAAGAAAAAGCACAGAGAGAAACGAGAGGACAUGUCCUCCUCCUCCUCUUCCUCCUCCCACUCCUCUUCCUCCUCCCACUCCAGUUCUAAACGGCACAAGGAGGGCAAAGGUCACAGGGAGAAGAAGGACCACCGGCGGAUCCUCGGGAACCUGGACCUCCAGAGCAAGGAGAUCCGGGAGAAGGACCGCGACCGCUCCAACAUGGAGAGGAAGAGGAGGAAUGAGGCUGGGUCCACCAGCGACGGUGAACCCUCUGAAUGGGCAUCCCAUAGUAGAAGUGAAAGAAGUUCAGGAGUCAUGUCCUCUUCUCAGGACAGAGGGGCUGGAUCAACGCUGCAGGGUUCGGCUGCUGACUUCAUGAAGUUGAAGGCCCUGUCGGACGGGCCGCCCAAGGAGUUGAAAAUCAGGCUGAUCAAGGUGGAGAGCGGAGACAGAGAGACGUUCAUCGCCUCGGAGGUGGAGGAGAAGAGGACACCGCUGGAGGAAAUCAACAUCAAGAACACAGCCGCAGAGGUCAUCAGGGCCUGCAAGGGUGCGAGGGUGAAGGGGAAGUUUAGAGAGUCCUAUCUGCUCCCUGCGUUCUCUGUCAAGCCCAUAUUUACUACAGAGCCCCUCCCACGGGAGAAACUCAACCCUCCCACACCUAGCAUUUAUUUGGAGAGUAAGAGAGAUGCCUUAUCCCCUGUACUACUGCAGUUCUGUACUGACCCCAAUAACCCUGUUACUGUCAUCAGAGGACUGGCCGGGUCCCUACGACUCAACCUGGGUCUGUUCUCCACUAAGUCUCUAGUGGAUGCUAACUCCGAGCAUGCUGUAGAAGUGAGGACCCAGGUACAGCAGCCUGCUGAUGAGAACUGGGACCCCAGUGGGACGGGGCAGACCUGGCCCUGCGAGAGCAGCCGCUCACACACCACCAUCGCCAAGUACGCACAGUACCAGGCUUCAUCCUUCCAGGAGAGUCUGCAGGAGGAGAAGGGUAGUGAUGAAGAGGAUGAGGAAGACAAGGAGAAGAAGAGUAAGGAGACCAGCCCUGAGACAUCUAGCAAAGAACCCACAAGUAAAGACGCUACCAGUACCGAGCAGAAACCAGUGGGGAAGAUAAUCAAGUUUGGCACCAACAUUGACCUGUCAGACCCCAAGAGGUGGAAGCCCCAGCUGCAGGAGCUCCAGAAGCUUCCAGCCUUCAUGCGCGUGGCGUCCAGCGGUAACAUGCUGAGCCACGUAGGACACACCAUCCUGGGCAUGAACACUGUCCAGCUCUACAUGAAGGUCCCCGGCAGCCGCACGCCCGGCCAUCAGGAGAACAACAACUUCUGCUCAGUGAACGUCAACAUUGGGCCUGGAGACUGCGAGUGGUUCUCUGUGCACGAAAACUACUGGCCAGCCAUCAACGACUUCUGUGAAAAGCAUGGAGUGGACUACCUUACUGGUUCCUGGUGGCCUGUCCUGGAGGACCUGUACCGCUCCAACAUCCCUGUGUACCGCUUCAUUCAGAGACCAGGGGACCUGGUGUGGAUUAACGCAGGGACCGUCCACUGGGUCCAGGCUGUGGGCUGGUGCAACAACAUCGCAUGGAACGUCGGACCACUCAACUCCUACCAGUACCAGCUGGCCCUGGAGAGGUUUGAGUGGAACGAGGUCAAGAAGGUCAAGUCCAUCGUCCCCAUGAUCCACGUGUCCUGGAACGUGGCCCGCACCGUCAAGGUCACCGACCCCGACACAUACAAGAUGAUCAAACACUGCCUGCUGCAGUCCAUCAAGCACAUCCAGGUUCUGAGAGACCAGCUGGUAGCAGCAGGGAAGAAAAUCUCUUACCAGAGCAGAGUGAAGGACGAACCAGCCUACUACUGCAACGAGUGUGAUGUGGAGGUGUUUGACCUGCUGUUUGUGACGUCUGAGAGCGGCAACAGGAAGACCUAUGUGGUCCACUGUGAGGACUGUGCCCGCCAGAGGAACCCCAGCCUCUCCAACAACGUAGUGGUGUUGGAGCAGUACCGCAUGGAGGAGCUCAUGAGUACCUACGACACAUUCAACCUGACUGCAGCCCCGAGUGCACGGUGAUAAAGCUCCUCCCCCUCUGUCUCACAGCCAUAACCAAAACUCCUGCCAGACAGGACUAAACACACCUUUAAAAACUUUAUUUUAACCUUUUUUCCUUCGUUAUUUAAGAUAUUUUUACUACUACUAUUGCUAAUACUUGCCGAUCAAACAGCCAAUCGAAAACCAGUUUACUACUCAUCACUGGUUACAAAACCAAACACGCCAAUCAAACGCCAGUUGUUGCCGACGGUGUUCAUGAGCAGCGUUCUGGUUUCCGGAGGACUUGAAAAAACGGAAAGGCAGUUGGUGCUAGCUGCCAUUGUGAACAAGCAACAGAGAGUUGACAGUUGUUAUCAAUGGCAUGAAUUUAAUUAUUUCUGGAUUUCUUCGAUUUUUUUUUUGUCAUCUUGAAUACUGAAAUUUGUAAAUGCUGUUUUGUAUUUUUUGUGGGGUGCUGUUUUUUUCUAAAAUAAUGUAUUUUCUUUUUAAGACUAGAUCAGCCCUAGAUAUAUACCACAUUGGCCUUGUGACUUGAAUUUAGAAGAUAAAUAAGAUGGAAAAUACUAAGAGAUAUGAAUUUUUUUCUCAAAGCAUUAAGAAUAAGAAGAGACAAAAAAAAUACAAUUGUUUGAAAUGCUUAGAAACAUACGGGUUUUAACGUCAUUUUAGUUUUUUAGUUUUGUCUUUCUUACUCUUGUAUGUGUUGUAAAUCUUAUGUUUUUACAAAUGUAUAAUGUUUAUUUCCACGGGAGAGGGAAAGAAGAGUCAAUUGUCACAACUCUUUAGGAAUACAUCAGGUCUUUGUUUUAAUGAAUUGCUUCCAUUUUGCAGCAUUGUGUUGUACCUCUGAUUUAUAAUUUUUUUCUUCUGGAUUGUACAUUGUUCUUUUUUUAUUUAAAAUGUUUCUUCUAUUUAUUGGAUGUCAAUGUUCUCCCCUUGUUUUUAUUAGGGUUGUACAAGUUUGAACGUUUUUUUUAAUGGUGAUUCUGAGUCCUCUGUAACAACUGAAAUGUUGUGUUACGGGAGGACAAGGUUUUCUCUGGUGCUUCUUCUGGUUCUAUAUAUAUAAAUGAUAUUUCUAAUGAAUAUAACUUACACCUUUCCCGGUAGUUGCUAGGAUCCACAGCCGAGGUAGAGUUGACUAAUGGAAUACUGUCUUUGUAAUGCGUGGGGGAAAUUGUAAUUUUGUUUUCCAUUCUUUUUAGGGGGCUUUAGAUGAAAUGAUUUUUAAAAAUAUUAUUAUAAUUAUUAUUAUAAUCUGUUGGAAUAUUGAGUUAUGGGAUAGAAAGGUGCUACAGUUUUCGGAUGAAAUAUUUUUGUUUUUUCCUUAAGAUAAAUUAUAUUUUUCCUGUUGCAAUAUACCUUUUUCCUUCU